UGGGCUGAGCUGUGAGGAAAAAGGGGUGUGUGUGUGUGUGUGUCACUGUGUAUCAGCUUAAAGUACCGUGCACUUCAGGGCAGGCGUAGAAGUAUUCUGAUCCAAGAAACGGGGCGAGUGAAGACGAGAACUUUCCAAAAGUUUGACACGGUGGGAUAAUACAGGACGAAGCAGAGGAUUCAUCGCUGAUCCGGAUAAGAAUCCACACAGAUAAAGAUGCCAGGUGAGCGUUUAACGGUAAGAGGAACGUCGGAUGUGGGGCGUUUCCCUGGAGCAGCCCCACCAACCAGAGUGGAGCUGACCAUUCAGAAAGAUGAAAAAAAACAGGAAGAGGGAGGCUGUCGCCGCUGGUUCAGGAAGAUGUGCCCGUGCUGCUGUAAGCGCCAGAACAGCUCCUCCUAUGAUAUCACAGAUAAGGUGGAAUUGGUCAAACCACCAACUCCGGCUGUCAUACCGGUACCGGAACCAGUCAAGCCUAAACCUGAGAAUGGAGAAGCAAGAGAGAUGGAAGAAAUUAAGUUGUCUGUGGUUUCUGUGGACCUGCUGAGCUCCAAGACGGACCAGAACAGACUGGAGCACCGCACCGACUUAUAUCACGGAGAGGACCUGAUCAUCCGCAGAGGACAGCCCUUCCACAUGGAGAUGGAGCUCAACAGGCCCUUCAGUGCUGAGAAUGACAAGCUGCAUCUGGACCUGAAAACAGGUCCCCUCCCCAUGGUUUCCAAAGGCACCCAUGUCAUCAUUCCACUGGUGGAUAACCCAGAGGAUAAACACUGGAAAGGCAAGAUUGUAGAGCAGAACGGCAACAAGAUCAAGCUGUCCAUCAGUUCGCCAGCCACUGCUGUGUGUGGCCUGUACGGGCUCACGGUGACAAGUAGCUCCUCAAAGGAUGAGCCAGCAACUACUCACGACUGCAGCAAGAACAUCGUCAUUCUCUUUAACCCUUGGUGUGAAGAGGACACAGUGUUCCUGGAUGACGAGGAGGAGAGGAAUGAGUACGUUCUGAAUGACAUCGGGAGAAUUUACUAUGGCACAGAGAAACAAAUAGGCGCCCGCACAUGGAACUUUGGGCAGUUUCACGAGGGAAUCCUGGAAGCUUGUCUGUUUAUCCUGGAGAAGAGCGACAUGCCUGCGUCUGGUCGAGGAGAUCCUAUUAAUAUGGUCAGAGUCAUAUCUGCCAUGAUAAACGCUCAGGAUGACUAUGGAGUCCUGGUAGGGAACUGGUCUGGGGAUUACUCUGAUGGAGUCUCUCCUUCUGCGUGGAGCAGCAGCGUGGAGAUCUUGAGGAAAUAUCACUCCACCAAUGGAAUACCUGUGUCAUAUGGACAAUGUUGGGUCUUCUCGGGGGUCACUACGACAGUGCUGAGGUGUCUUGGCAUACCUGCCCGCAGUGUGACCAACUUCCAGUCUGCUCAUGAUACUGAUGUAUCCCUCACUACAGACGUCUAUUUUGAUGAGAAUCUGGACCCGAUCGACUACCUCAAUAGUGAUUCUGUCUGGAACUUCCACGUGUGGAAUGACUGCUGGAUGGCCAGACCAGACCUGCCCCCUGGUAAUGGAGGCUGGCAGGCUGUUGACUCCACUCCCCAGGAAACAAGCCAGGGCACCUUCCGCUGUGGCCCCGCCUCUCUCAACGCUAUCCGCUCAGGCGAAGUCUACCUCAAACAUGACUCGCCAUUUGUCUUUGCUGAGGUCAACAGUGAUAAGAUCUACUGGCAGAGGAACCUGGAUGGUACUUUCAGCCAGUUUCACAGUGAGAAGAAAGCUGUCGGCCACUGCAUCAGCACUAAAGCAGUGGGCUCUGAUGAGCGGGCAGACAUCACACAUCUGUACAAACACCAAGAAGGUUCAGAAGAGGAACGUAUUGCUGUGGAGACUGCCAGUCGUCAUGGCAGCAAGCCAGAUGUAUACUCCAAACCCAUGGCAGAGGAUGUGAUUGUGGAAGUGAAGCUGGAGGGCGAGGGGCCCAGGAUGGGUACUGACGCCAAGCUGAGCAUCCUGGUAAAGAAUCAGAGCUCGUCGCCUCGUCGGACCACUCUGCACAGCCAAGUGGCUGUCAUGUACUACACUGGUGUGCUCAAGGGCACCAUCAAGAAGGAGGAGAUGCCUGUGGAGCUUCUGCCCAAUGAAGAAAAGACCAUUGAGUGGGUGCUGCCCUACCAGCAGUACCAAAACGAGCUGGUGGAUCAGGCAGCUCUGAUGCUGACCCUGUCUGGAAGAGUCAGUGAGACCCAGCAAGUAUUAGCCAACCAGACCACCUUCAGGCUCCGUACACCUGACCUCAUCAUCGCGCCUUUGGGAGAUGCUGUGGUUGGUAAAGAGAUGGCAGCCAAGAUCACCUUCACCAACCCCCUGCCACGUAUGCUGAAGGGAGUGGUGUUCAGAGUGGAGGGCCUGGGUCUGCAGAAGGGCCAUGAAGUGGUCGUUGGUGACGUCGCCGCUCACUCCACAGUGACAUUGACGGAGCACUUUGUCCCCACCCAGCCCGGACCCAGGAAGCUGGUGGCGUCUCUUGACUGUAAACAGCUCACACAAGUGCAUGGAGUGGCUAACAUCGUCGUUCUUGAGCAGUGAGAGGAAGCUCCUGCUUCUCUCACAUCACCUUUUAUAAAGUAGAACCUGAGAGCCUCUAAUUAUAUGAAGUGUUCUUGUAUCUUAAUGAAAUAAUUUUUAUUUUGUACUACAGAUAUUUCUAAAAUUAUGAAUAGACAAUUAACAACUGUAUCAGUAUUUUUUUUUAACUUGAAAUAAUAUAAAGUCACACUUCUAUCUUGCAUUUAAAGGUCCAGUGCGUCAGAUUUAGGUGGCUCUAUUUAUAGAAUAUAAACAUGCUUAACUAUGUUUUCAUUAGCAUAGAAUGAAAUAAUGAAAAUAAGAAUGAGCCUUUUAAAUCUUAAAGACACUGCAAGUCACAAGGCAGAGUCCGUCCAUGUUGAACCCCCCUGUCUCUACAGUAUCACAGAAUGAACAAACUAAACACUGGCCCUGCAUAUUGCCCAUCACAUGUUUGACAACCACUGUAGUCUCUUCUGCAUGCUUGGAAGGGGAGGGUGAAGCGUGGGGGUUGCAAUCAGCAACUAUACUGCUAGAUGACUCUUAAUUCUACACACUGGCCCUUUAAAUGUGAAAACAUGUGGUCAGAUAUGUAGCAGGGUUUAAAUGCAUGGACAGCAAAUGAAGUUCUGAGUUAUGAAACUAGAGUAGACUGUUCUAACACUGGUGCAUUUCGAGAAACUGAACAAUCAUUUGGUGAUCGUGUAAAUACUGUAUGUGUGUGAUUCAUGAGAUGAAAUAUAUGUGAAAAGUAUUAUCAGACAAAAUGAACCUCACAUGGCUUACAUGAAGGAAGGGUACUGUGAGAUGUUUUUAAAGGGAAUGAUAUUGGAAUUGGCAUUGACAUUUUAGCAAAGGGCACAUUACAAUUCUCCAUGUUACAUUUGACUGAAAAAUCUGCAAUUAUUCUUUUCCGGAGCAAUUGGCAAAGACAUAAAAGGUUGUUUUAAUCGUCAGAUGAAGUACAGAUUUAUAAUGCCUCCAACAAGACACUAUUCAUAAAGCUGAAAUGUCUCCUUUUGCAGAUGCAAACCAUAAUUAUUCCCUUAGGGAGAACUCUUCCAGAUGUUAUUCUAUAUGUCUUGUGUGUGUUUUUUCUAUCAUGUGUGCAUAAUUAUGCUGGAGUCAGCUUUAUAGUUUAUAGCAACUUACCUAUAAAAUUGGACUUUUCAUUGCUGGGAGUUCCAGCAAACCAUAUCAGGAUAGAGACCACCUGGUUCUCAUCUGUUUAACUUCAGCACUAGAAGUACAAUGUGAAGGAACCUAUUUUAAUAACAUUAAACUAUUUAUCUACCUUUACCUACCUUUUUUUUUUGUUGUUGAUUGCGUUGGCAAUAAAACUGACACUGACAUGA